GCCUUACCUUAGAUUGAAAACCAGAUACAGAGUUGGCAACACUAAAGAUAUGUCAAAACAAAAUCACGUCAAAAUAUUUCAAGACAACAACAAAUGUGCGUUUAAUUGUAACCUAUAAAUGAUUAUAAUAUCCAAGGAUUUGUAAAAUGGAAGAUCUACAAUUGAAUAUUUCUGCUAUAAAAAAAGUUAAGAAGAAAGUUGGUGUAGAUAAUAAAAAUGCUCCGGAAUACAAGUUUAUGUCUAAACCUAAGUUUAUUGGUAAAACCAUAGCUAGAAAAAGGCCACAAAAUUUGAGCCAAACUAUUAAAAAGUUGGAAGGCGAGGCACAAAAGAAGGUACCAAAACCAAACACUAAUGUUGAUCUAUCUACAAAUUUGCGUGAUCUCAGUGAAAAUAAAGGGAAAUAUCAAGGAAAAAACUAUCAAGAAAUAAAUGAUGAUUUGCAACUAAAACAAAAACCUAGAAGUGGUGGUUGGAUCUCAUCUUUGUUUAAAAAUAAUCCAGAUGUUCCACGUAUCGGACAGAGAGCUGUAAAACCUUUAACAGAGAAAGUGUUUGCUGGUACAACAUUUACAGAUUUAGAUAUACAUCCUCACAGUGUGGCAAAUUUACAACAAAAUUUAGGCCUGAAAGAGUUGAUGACUGUUCAACAAAAUGCCAUACCUAUUAUAUUGCAGGGUCGAGAUAUUUUAAUUAGAUCUCAAACAGGCUCAGGAAAAACACUAGCAUAUGCCUUGCCUAUUGUUGAGGGGUUGCAGGCGAUAAGGCCAAAAAUUAACAGGCAUGAUGGCAUAAUGGUGGUUGUUGUUGUACCCACCAGAGAAUUGGCUGUACAGACAUAUGAACUGUUCUUAAAAUUGGUCAAGCCAUUUACUUGGGUAGUUCCUGGUUUAUUAAGUGGGGGACAAAAAAGAAAAGCAGAGAAGGCGAGGCUUAGGAAAGGACUGAGCAUAUUAGUUGGUACACCAGGUCGGAUAAAUGAUCACUUGAGACACACCAAAUCUCUCAAUUUUGCUAAAACUGGUUGUUUAGUACUAGAUGAAGCUGAUAGAUUACUAGACAUGGGUUAUGAAAAAGAUGUAGCAGCUAUAGUAAAAUCUAUAGAAGAUCAUAAAAAAGCUGCUACAUACGAUCCUAUGGCACUUAUAAAACAAAAUAUAAAAAAAGAUUUAACUAAAGACAAUGCAGAGGAAACAAUAGAGAAACAACCAGAGGAAAAAAACGAAAUCAAACAUCAUUUGACAGAAGUGUUUCUAUCAAAACAGAGACAGACUAUUUUGUUAUCAGCUACACUUACUAAGGCAGUAGAAAAUUUGGCUGGAAUUACAUUGGUGGAUCCUGUAUUUGUGGAUACAUCUGAAGGAAGAGCAGUUGUUGCUGACUCACUUAAAUUGCAGCGUGAUGAUAGUAUGUUAGAUCAAGUAAAUAUUACAAACAUGAAUGUGACAAGCAAUGAAAAUAAUUUAAAGUGUAAAAACAAGCCUGUGCUAGAUGAUAAGGUUCAUAAUAUCAUUCCUGAAGAUAAUGUUCCAGAGACUAAAAAAGGUUUGAAAGCCUUUUCUGGAUUAAAUUACUCAGAUUUAUUUUUAAAUGAUAAUGAAACCCAAACUAGUGACUCGAAAAUAUUAAAUAAUGUAAUAAAUCAAUCAAAUGUUAAUAAAGAAUCCGAUAGUGAUUCCGAUUACGAAUAUUUCAAAGUCCAAAAAGAAUUAGCAGAGAAAACAAAAAAAGUAGAAUCCGACGAAGAAGAUGUUAAACCAUCUAAUACUGGUAAUACAUUUGAAGAAGCUGUAAAAACAGCAAUAGUUGAAGAUGAAUUGAUUCUGCCGUCAACUGUAAAUCAGACAUUCCUUAUUGUUCCAAUGAAACUACGUUUGGUUACUUUAUGUUCUCUUAUUGUGGAACAUUGUGUUUUGAAUAAAAAGGGCGGUAAAAUGAUUGUUUUUAUGGCAACUUUAGAAAUGGUGGACUAUCAUUCGGAAUUAAUAGAGACAGUUUUAUGUGGGAAAAAUGUUAAAGUUAACAAGAAAAAGAAUUCAACAAAAAAAUCUAUAAUGAAGAAAAGAAAACUUGAAAAUGAUAAUGAUGAGGACAAAUCGUCAUCGUCAAGUUCAGAGUUUGAAAUAGAUUAUGAAGAACCGGUUGAGGGUGGCCUAGUGCCAGUAGAGUUGGAGAUGUUCAGUCUUCAUGGCUCUAUGCCCCACGAGCAGAGAAUGGAAGUGUUCAAGCAGUUCCGAGUUGCUAGAAAUGGGGUCCUUAUUUGUACC